UGUUGUAAUUGGAAGGUCUACGCAUUGCCCAACACAAAAUGUCUUCCAGUUUUACUCAUUAAGGUUCAUGGAAAAGUCUGUUCUUUGUUGCAAAGCACAAGUCCCUGGCCUGUUUGAAAUCUCUGAUAGAUGAAGGGGCCUCAAUGGAAUUUGGAAGACCAGUUUUUGUGUUGAUCAGGAUUACCAUUGGCUUGGUACUCACCCAUUUCUUUUGCAUGUAAGAAGGUGUCACUUUGCUUGCAGGUUGAAUGGACUUCAGAGAAUCAAAACUUGUCGAAUUUUGUGUAGCUGUGCAUGAAUUGUGGAACUGAUAGAACAAACAAGUGCAUCAAGAAUAUUGGAAGGUCAUUUUCCUCUCCCACGAUGGCGGCUGCGACGCUGCGCUCCGUACUCCGCCGCAAUCGCCUCCUUCCCUUGUUCGAAACCUGCCGCCUUCGAGAUCGCCUCUUCUUCUCCUCCUCUGUCGACGCUGCCGCCGUCACCGUAGGCGGCACCAUGUCUCCAGAUCCCCACUUCAUGGUGGAAUACCUCCUGAACUCCUGCGGGUUCUCCUCCUCCGAGGCAGCCAAGUUCUCUAAAUCCCUUGCGCACCUCCGAUCCACCGAGAAACCCGACGACGUCCUUAACUUCAUGAGAUCUCAGGGCUUCGACGGCGCCGGUAUCAGGAAGGUGAUAUCUGCGGAUCCCAGAUACUUAUGCUACAACGUGGAGAAGAACCUCGCCCCGAAGUUUCAGUUCUUACGCGAUUUGGGCCUAUCUGAGUCGGAUAUCGUCGAUGCCAUCCUGAAGAACAAUGGCAUCCUCCACUACAACGUUCACCGUUACUUGGUCCCCAAAUUGGAGAUGUGGGAAAGUCUCUUGGGAUCGAGAGAGCUCGUUCUCAAGCAUCUCAAGAAGUCAAGAUGGUUUUUCUUCUCCAGCGUUGAGAAGACUUUGCAGCCUAACCUAAAGUUCUUGAGGGAUGAGUGCGGCAUUCCUGAAGAAAGGGUCUCUGUCGUCUUGAGAAGUGACCCAAAAUUCAUCUCACAGAAAUCAGAGUCUCUCCGAGCUUUGGUGGCGAGAGCCGAUGAGCUGGGGAUGCCACGGCAAUCUCGGAUGUUCGUGCGGACACUUGUUGCUCUCCACAACGUAAGCAAAGAAAGGUUCGAGGCCAAGGUCGAGCUCAUGAGGAGCUUCGGGUGGUCGGAGUCGGAGUUUUCUUCUGCAGUCAGGAAAUCACCCACCUUCUUAGGUAUCUCCCUCGAUAUGUUUCGCAGAAAAGUGGAAUUUUUUAUCAAUGUGGUCGGUUACACCCCUUCCUUCAUCGCCUCCCAACCAUCUAUCUUGCUAUUUAGUCUGCAGAAGAGGGUAAUUCUUCGGUUUCGUGUCACAGAGAUGUUGAAAUCGAAAGGAUUGUGGACGGGACAAGCCAAGUUUCCAUACAUUCUCGCAUUAUCAGAUACCAAAUUCUUGGAGAAGUUUGUUCUCCCUCACGAAGAAAAUGUUCCUGAGCUGCUCGAUAUUUUGAGAGUUGAUGGCGUGUGUAAAGGAAAAUGAUACCUUUCAUUUGGUAUCGGAGGCUGAGAAAGGGCUUAGCUGAUGGUCUAAUUUGCCAACAAAGGUGCAGAUCUCUUCAUUCUUGGAGUUCAUUCUUGGAUUUGGUGGAUGCAACUUCUCAUCAUCAUAGCUGAAGCUUCUGGUCUACUUGAAAGCCUUCAGAAGGCUGCACAACUAAAUUUCUCCAACAUCUGAAUCGAACUAAUUCCCUUGAGUUAGUCGAUUCACUGGUUCCUUCUUUUAUUUCUUUGUUCAAGUCUUUAUGUUGUCGAUGUGGUCCAUGUUUCCCGCAUCAUGAAAGGCGUGGGCCAUUGGCUAGUCAAUCUUGGAAGGACUGUAAAUUCUGUCUUUUUGGUUCUUGUAAUAAUAGAUCAAUCUAGCUCGGUAUCUAAUCCACUUUAAUCUUUA